AACUUCUCCCUGGUGCCCCAUUACCCUCCAAUUGAUUAUAUAACAUUUCACGACCAGAGCGCGAAGUCAUGGAGACAUACAUUAAAGAUGCUCUAGCCGCUGGACUCAUUCGCCCUUCCUCAUCCCCACUGGGAGCUGGGUUUUUCUUUGUGGGUAAGAAAGAUGGCUCUCUCCGUCCCUGCAUUGAUUACAGAGGUCUGAAUCUAAUCACUGUAAAGAAUAAAUAUCCCUUGCCUCUGAUCUCCCCAGCCUUAGAACCAAUUCAUGGUGCCACUGUCUUCUCCAAACUCAGUCUGCGAAACACCUACCAUCUUCUCCACAUCCGCCAGGGGGAUGAGUGGAAGACAGCCUUCAAGACUCCCAUAGGACAUUUUGAGUACCUGGUAAUGCCGUUUGGCCUUUGUAAUGCCCCUGCCUUUUUCCAGGCUCUCAUCAAUGACGUUCUCCGAGAUUUUUUAAAUAUCUUUUUGUUUGUCUACCUAGAUGACAUUCUAAUCUUCUCCAAAACACAGUCUGAACACAAGAAACAUGUGCAUAUGGUCCUCCAACGCCUCCUCGAAAACAAACUGUUUGUUAAAGCAGAAAAAUGUGACUUUCACAAAUCAUCCGUAACAUUUCUGGGCUACAUCCUUGAGGGCGGACAGGUGCAGCCCACUCCUGAAAAGAUUCAAGCAGUCCUCGACUGGCCCAUUCCCCAAACAUGCAAAUAGUUACAAAGAUUUUUAGGUUUUGCUAACUUCUACCGCUGGUUUAUCAGAAACUACAGUCAAACAGCCGCACCCCUAACAGCCCUCACCUCGUCUAAGGUCCCUUUUACUUGGUCCACUGAAGCUGACACUGCCUUCCUCCGUCUCAAGAAUUUGUUCUCUCAUGCACCCAUCCUCAUCCAGUCGGACCCUGGUAAACAGUUUAUUGUAGAAGUGGACGCUUCAGAGACUGGGGUCGGAGCGGUCCUCUCUCAGUGCUCAGGUUCUGGUAAUAAAACUCACCCCUGUGCAUUCUUCUCUCGCAGACUCACCCCGACAGAGAGAAAUUAUGACGUGGGGGACAGAGAACUACUUGCCAUCAAACUGGCCUUGGAGGAGUGGUGGCAUUGGUUGGAGGGUGCAGAACAUCCUGUGCUGGUCUGAACCGAUCAUAAGAACAUCUCUUAUCUCCAAGCUGCCAAACGACUGAAACCCCGGCAGUCUCGUUGGUCUCUGUUCUUCGCUCGCUUUAAUCUCUGUAUUUCUUUCAGACCCGAUUCCAAGAACCAAAAACCUGAUGCUCUCUCCAGGAUGUAUUCAUCUGAUGAGCCUGAGGAGGAACCGGCUCCUAUUCUUCCACCCAGUUGCUCCAUUGCCAGAAGUAACGCGGGAGAUAGAGGACAUCAUUGAACAUGCUCUGCAAACAGAACCAGACCCCGGAACAGGUCCAUCUAACAGAACUCAGCAGUCUGAGCCCGUCUCAUCCACUGGAUCUACUCUGCUAAGUUUUCUGCACAUCCUGGGAUUAGUCGAACCGUGGCUCUCAUCAACCGUCACUUCUGGUGGCCAUCUAUUCAGAAAGAUGUCAAAGAAUAUGUCCUAGCCUGCUCCAUUUGUGCCCGCAACAAAUCCUCUCAUCAACCACCAUCUGGUCUGCUCCAGCCCCUAGCCAUUCCCAAGAGACCAUGGUCCCACAUCUCCAUCGAUUUUGUCACCGGAUUUCCUUCAUCCAAAGGUAUGACAACCAUAUUCACUAUCAUAGAUCGCUUCUCUAAAGCCUGUCAUCUCAUCCCUCUCAGAAAGCUACCCACUGCCUUCCAGACAGCUCAACUCCUUGCAAAGCAAGUGUUUCGCCUCCAUGGUAUCCCUCAAGAAAUCCUGUCUGAUCGGGGCCCUCAGUUCAAUUCACAAGUCUGGAAGCAGUUUUGUUCAGCCAUCGGAGCGAAGGUCACUCUCACAUCUGGUUACCACCCUCAAUCCAACGGUCAAGCUGAAUGCAUGAAUCAGGAACUUGAAGCCACACUAAGAUGCCUCUCACUUCUGCCAAUCCUGCUGACUGGAACCAAUAUUUACCUUGGGUGGAAUGAAGAACAAAUAUCAGUCACUUCGGUCCAUCAUCACAUCCGCCAUUGCAAGAACAUCUGGACCAACACCAUCGUCGCCCUCAACCAUACAUCAGAACAAAACCGCCGCCUUGCAGAUCGUAAGAGAUCCCCAGCUCCACAGUAUGUUCUUGAUCAAAAAGUAUGGCUGUCCUCAUGUGAUGUCCCUCUAAAAUCCAUUUCUAAGAAGAUUGCUCCCAAAUUCAUUGGCCCUUAUGAGAUAGAGAGCAUCAUUAGUCUCUCUGCAGUCUGCCUUAGACUACCACCCUCUCUUCG